AUGCCCAAGGAGGUUACCAAACGUGGCAAGGCCAUUGAAACAGAUACUCCAACGGCCUUGUUCUUAUACUCCAUCCUAGGACAGCUGGAACUCAGACAGGUUGACUGGGAGGGUGUGGCACGAGAUUGUGGAAUCUCCAAUGGCCAUGCCGCCCGGAUGCGAUACGCUCGUUUCAAAUCCCAGAUGGAGAAUAAGUAUCCAGACUCCAGUCCUGCUCUAUCUAAGAGGGACAAACAGAAGUCGAACAAGAAUCGUUCUUCCAAGACUGGACAGAAGAUUCUUCCAAGUCCGUCCCCUGAACAGCCAUCCCCUGAACAGCAGGGCGAGCAUACUCAUUCUCUAAUGAAAGAGCCCGUACCUCUCACGCCCACCACAAUGCCGUCUACUCAUCAGCCAGGUGCGAGUCAGUUUCCUUCCAUGACUUUUACACCGGGAAUGAAGCAAGAGUAUCCGGGCUAUUAUAUGCCUCCUUGGCAAGAAUCUUCCUCGGGACAUUCUGCCAGGGACGCCGUGGACCUGACCCCAAACCACACUCCAGACCACAAUCCUAAGCUUUGCAACGUCCCCUCCCUGGAUGAUGUUCCUCACCACACCUCUGAUUCAAUGUCGACUCUUCCGAUGGCAACUAUGUCGACAUCGAUCAUGCCGCAGGGCUCUACAGCUUACAACCCAAUCGACUUGAGCGGGUAUGGGAAUGCAGUUGAGUAUCAGCCUCAGCCCCAGCUUCAGUUCCAGCACGGGCUAAGGUACUAUGACUAUGAUUGGCCCUUGGUAUAUCACAACCAAGCCAGUCUCUACUGGUCUAACCCUGAGUCAAAUCAAGUGAUCGCGGGAGAGAAGACGGAGAGCGAGCAUCGGAUCAAGGAGGAACCGCUGGAAAAGGAGCAUCUGACUGAGGAACAUCUGCUGGAUGACACUGCUGUUAAGAAGGAGUAG